AGGGAGAGCGGGGAGGAGGUGAGGAGGUGGAGGGAAGAGGCUGAGAGAGCUAGAGACACUCAGACCAGAGAGAAGGAGAGCUUUGACAUUCAGGUGACGGAGCUGUGCGGGAUGUUGGAGAGAUAUCGCAGUGAGAACCAGAAGAUAGUGCAGCAGAAGGAACUCCAGAUCCAGAGUCUCCAGUCGUCCCUGGCCUCAAGUAGAGAGAGGAAGGAGGAGAUAGAGGGUGAGAUGAGAGGAAGAGAAGAGGAGGCCAGGAUACUGAGAGAAGAGGUCUCCAGGCUCCAGGCAGACCUCAGUCAGAGAGAUGUGGACCUGAGACUGAGGGAGAGCCAGGUGAGGGAGAAAGACGACGAGAUGGCAGAGCUCCUGAAGGCUGUCGACACUCUCAGGAGAAAGCAGUCAGCAUCCAGCAGUAUUCCUCAGAGCACAACCCACACACCCCGUCCCUCUCCCUCCACCCUACCUCCUCACACUCCUCUCAUCUCCACCAUGUCGGGCACAGCUCCUCCGAUGUCAGCUCCAGCCAGACACCCCGCCAGCAGACCUCCGGUGAAGAAGACUCACCACUGUGGUGAGGACGAGGAUGACGAGGAGGAAGGGGGUGUGGCCACAUACAGCCAUACCGACUGUGAAGAUAUCCUCUUUAGAAAGCCACGCCUACUAGUAGCUAGAUCUUCACACAGUUCAUUCAGACCCCCCAAAUCUAGUGGAACCCCCGGAUCUGCAGGGAUCCCCAGACCCCAGAAAUCAGGAGGAACUCCCACAACAGGGCCCCCCAGAUCUGCUGGAACCCCCCUCGAAGGGGGUCGAGAUUACUGCAGCAGUUCAGUAGGGGAAGUGUCCUCCACUGCUCCUAGUGGGACACGGAGUGACAGGAAAAGACACACUCCUUCCAGCAGUGGAAGCAGCAGGGUGGUACAGGGAAGUGGCAGAGGAAGGAAGGAGAGAAGGGGAGAGAAGGGACGAGGAGGGAGGAAGCCAGCAGCAGGUACUGCCUGGUUU